AUGAUCUACAAGAAAGGUGGUGACAACCCGGCGGAUUUCCUCUCUCCACAUCCGGAACCAAAACUACCAAAAUGUAAUAUGGCUGAGCAAUACAUGGAUUUCGUGACUGUCAAUGCCGCCGAAGCUGCAAUACCACUAACAGUUACAAAAGAACACACUUCCAGAGAAUCCAGCCUUGUUGCAGUACAAAAGAGUCUGGUGACUGGACUGGUAAACUGGUCAAACCGUUUCUCAACAUCAGGAACAAAAUAGCUGAAGAUAACAACAAUGGUGAAUGGUGUAAUUUUACGAAGAAGAAUAAUCAUACCUGCAACUCUACAAACUCGAAUUGCAAAACUUACCCAUACAGGUCACCAAGGAUUUGCAAAGACCAAAGCUUUGUUACGCCAAUACGCCUGCAUGGUUCCCCAAUAUUGACAAAGCAGCAAAAGAGGAAAUCGACACAUGUUUACCAUGCCAAGUCAAUGGACCCACUAACCCACCAGAACCGUUGCUAGCACCAGAAAUGCCAGAUGGACCAUGGCAUUUCUGGUGCUAG